AUGCCUCCAACGCUUUAUCUGGUCCGUCACGCCGAGGGCGAGCACAACGUCAAUCGCCGCCACCACCUCCGCGACCCGCACCUCACCCCGCUCGGCCACGCCCAAUGCGCCGCGCUGCGCUCCGAAUUCGCCGACCACGACAAAAUCUCCCUCAUCGUCGCGUCGCCGCUCAAGCGCACCAUCCAGACGGCGGCCUACUGCUUCGGCGCCGCCCUGGCGCGACCCGACGUCCCGUUCGUGCUCGCGCCGCUGGCCCAGGAGGUCGCCGCCAACCCGUGCGACACGGGCUUCCCCGCCGAGGAGCUCAAGGCCGCGCUGCCGGGCAUGGUGGACGCGGACGCGGUGGGGUUCGAUGUGGCAGAGAAGGCGGAUUUCGGACUGGUCGAGGAGGGGUGGAAUUCCAAGAGCGGCAUCUACACGCCGUCCUUCCCCGCCGUCGAGCGCCGCGCCGCCGCCCUCCGCACCUGGCUGCGCGCCCGCCAGGACGAGACCGUCGUGCUCGUCACCCACGGCGCCUUCCUGCACUACCUGAUCGAGGACUGGGCCGACUAUGACCCCAAGAAGGGCACCGGCUUUUGCAACUGCGAGGUCCGCCGCUACGGCUUUACCGGAGACGGCAGUCUGCUGGCCCUGGAUGGCGACGCGAGCGCCCCUGGCUAUGUCAAGACCGCGAGGCCCGAUUGGGUGAACCGCAACGUGCUAAGUGACGUGGACCCCAUGGCUGCGGGGGAGGAGGCGAGGCUGUGA